UGUAACCGAUUUUUCUAUACCAAAUUAAAAAGAUUGUCAAAUUUCUCCACAAAGGGGUUGUAGUGAAUUGAAUUUCUCUAAACCCCUUCUUCCCAUUGUCAUCCAAUUCAUCCUCAGAAAUGCAAUUUUUUAAUUUUCCUAGCAAGAAACAAUAUUAUUCCACCAAUAGUUUCAAGAAUCUAAUUAUAAUAUCCUGUUUUGGUUGCAUAAUUUAUUUUAUUUGUUCUAUUUUUCUUGCUCGUAACAACACCAAUAAGCAUUUACAUACAUCAAUUUCAUUACAAAAUGAUGAAAAUUUAUCAUUACAAACAAAUCUUGAUCAUGUUGUUUUUGGGAUUGCAUCAAAUGAGCUAUCUUGGUCUAAAAGAAAAGAAUAUGUUAAGCUUUGGUGGAAGCCCCCAAAAAUGAGGGGUUGUGUGUUUCUUGAAAAAAUGCCAGUUUUUUCAUCAAAUGAAACAAAUGAUGAGUCUUUGCCUCCAAUUUGCAUUUCUGAGGAUAUUUCUGAUUUCAGAUAUACACAUAAAGGUGGGACCCCUUCAGCUAUUCGUGUGGCACGUGUCGUUUCGGAGACGGUGGGGCUUAAUUAUUCUAAUGUUAGAUGGUUUGUGUUUGGUGAUGAUGAUACAAUUUUCUUCCCAGAAAAUUUGGUUAAGACACUAUCUAAAUAUGAUCAUGGCUUUUGGUACUACAUUGGGACAAAUUCAGAAAGUUUUAUGCAGAACAAGUAUUUUUCCUAUGAAAUGGCUUUUGGUGGAGCUGGUUUUGCUAUAAGUUAUCCAUUGGCUAAAGUUUUAGCUAAAGUUUUUGAUUCUUGCAUAGAAAGAUACCCUCACUUGUAUGGAAGUGAUGGUAGAAUUCAUGCUUGUUUGUCAGAGCUUGGUGUUGGAUUAACCCGUGAGCCCGGGUUUCAUCAGAUGGAUUUUCAUAGAAAUGUGUUUGGAAUGUUGGCUGCACAUCCCCUCAGGCCAUUGGUAUCUAUGCAUCAUAUGGAGGAAAUUGAUCCUAUAUUCCCAAAUAUGACAACAGUGAAGGCUCUGGAGCAUUUGUACAAUGCUGCAAACUUCGAUCCACAUCGGAUUUUGCAGCAAACUGUAUGCUACGAUCGUUGGUUUUCUUGGACAGUGUCAGUAUCUUGGGGAUAUGCUGUUCAAGUGUUUGAUAAGCAUGUGCUUUUACCAAACGUUCAGCGCGUACAAGAGAGCUACGCUCCCUGGAAAAACAGUCAUUUGGGUGGACUAUACGACUUUGAUACAAAGAAAUAUGAAUCUGAUCCAUGCCAAAGGCAGCUUGUUUUUUUCAUGGACAAAGUUUCUUCUGGCAUCAAUGGAACUGAGACUAUUUACAAGAAGAAAACAUCUGAGAAAUGCAAAUUCGACAUGAGUUCACCUAGAAGACUAGAAAAAAUCAGAGUGUUAUCAAACAAGUUAGUCCUAGAUAAACAACAGUUGCUUGCUCCAAGAAGGCAUUGCUGUGAUGUAUUACCUUCUACAUCGGGCAACGUCAUGGAAGUAGCGAUAAGAGAAUGCAAGGAAGAUGAACUAAUUUACAUGCAGCAUUAGUACAAUAUAUUCUUGAGAAAUUCAGCAACCAUUUGAUGGUCUCACCAAUUGCCUGAUCCAAUCGCGCAAUCUCCAUUCUCAUGAAAUUGUGAAUCUGAAGAAGCCAUUGCUCCGGAAAAAAAAAUGAUUUGAGGGCCUAGAGCAUACUGGGGGAAGCUUUUUUCUUUGAGAAAUCAGUUUUGUACAUGUAUUAACUCGGACUAGAUGUAUACUACAGGAAACUAGGCACAUAAACAAAUUAGGAAACAUGUAAGAAAACCUUUGUUACUUGUGAGUUAACAAAAAAAAAAGUUGCAAUUUUGACUGUAACUUGUUCAAAAUUUACUUUCUUAAUGUCUUGUGUGAUGAGUACUUGAGGAAAUUUGACACUAGACAAGGAUAUAAACUUGCAGAAAACCACUACGGUUUGUAAGCUAUUUACCAUUCGUAGCAAAUGUUUCAUUGUCAGGUACAUGUAUUUAGUGUAUUCAUUCGAGCGACGAAUACAAUCUGUGUCAACUAUAUUUGUUUGCUCAAUGAAUACAACCUUUAUCACUGUAUU